UGAGAGAACCAUCGCACUAGUUUGUUUACAUCUGGAUCACGCAGUUCAUCAAAACGCCGGGAUGAUUACUAGGAAUAAAUAGAGCUAUAGAUUGUUCACCAUGGCUGCUGGGCCUAUAGCAGAACGUAACCAAGAUGCUACAAUUUAUGUUGGAGGGCUCGAUGACAAAGUGUCAGAAGGGCUCUUGUGGGAACUAUUUGUGCAAGCAGGGCCGGUAGUGAAUGUUCACAUGCCCAAGGACCGCGUCACCCAGCAGCACCAGGGUUAUGGCUUCGUUGAAUUCAUGGGUGAAGAAGAUGCUGACUAUGCAAUAAAAAUUAUGAACAUGAUAAAGCUGUUUGGUAAACCUAUACGAGUCAACAAGGCAUCAGCACAUCAGAAAAACCUGGAUGUUGGUGCGAAUAUAUUUAUUGGGAACUUGGAUCCUGAGGUGGAUGAGAAACUUCUGUAUGACACCUUUUCAGCUUUUGGUGUCAUUCUUCAGACACCAAAGAUCAUGAGAGACCCAGACACAGGCAACUCAAAAGGUUAUGCAUUUAUCAAUUUUGCCUCCUUUGAAGCAUCUGAUGCUGCCAUUGAAGCAAUGAAUGGACAGUACCUAUGUAAUCGAUCCAUCAGUAUAUCCUAUGCCUUUAAAAAGGAUAGCAAAGGAGAACGACAUGGUACUGCAGCUGAGCGGCUGCUUGCAGCUCAAAAUCCUUUGUCACAAGCUGAUAAACCUCACCAGCUAUUUGCUGAUGCUCCGCCACCACCCACCCAGUCUGCCCCUCCUCCUCCUGCUCCUCCCCCACCUCCAUCCUCAGCUGGAGGAGUCACAUCAAAUGCCCCACCUGGUAUGUCUGUGCCUCCUCCUGGCAUGCUAGUCCCACCCCCACCUCCUGUACCACCUCCACCUGGAACCUCUUCUUCUGUUCCUCCUCUUCCCAAUGCUCCACCCACGACUUCUGUGCCUCCACCACCUGGUUCAGCCCCUCCCCUUCCACCUAUGCCUCCACCACCUUCAAAACCUCCUCUUCCUGGACAACCUCCUCUUCCUCCUUCAGGGCCCCCAGGACCUCCUGUAUCAGGACCCCCAACUUCAAACUCGGGACCAAUGCCACCCUUUGGGCCAUAUCCACCACGUCCUGGCAUGCCCCCACCUCCCUGGCAAGGUGGGCCUGGAAUGCCACCACCUCCUGGUAUGCCUCCACCUCGACCUGGUCCACCAGGAAUGCCACCACCUCCGGGAAUGAGGCCUCCUCCCCCAGGAUGGAGGCCUCCGCAUCCAGGUGGACCCCCUGGAAGGCCUCCAUUUGGGAGACCACCAUAUCCUCCAAGAGGUCCUCCUGGGCCACCACCAAUGCCUGGAAUGGGACCACAUAUGCGAGGUGGGCCUCCAUUGCCUCCUGGCCCUCCUCCGUCUGGACAUGGGCCCAUGCCUCCUGGUCCUCCACCAAGAGGAAUGAGACCUCCACCUCCUGGGGUGCCUGUUUCUAGCAGUGGAAGUGGUCCUCCUCCCCCAGGCAUGGCACCACCACCACCUCCUCCACGUCCACCUCUGCCACCCCCACCUCCAGGUGGAGAAAAGUAGAUGAUGGGAUCAUCCUCAAAGUAGUUUUUAUUUUUUCCGGGGAAUAGCCCACCCGGGCACAGGUUCACGACCCACAACAGGGCCUAGGGGGCAAAGAAAAUAAGAGUAAAAAGAAAUUAAAAAAUAAGAGAAAAAGACUAGUAAUGUACACCACAAAGAUACCAGAAAACCAGCUUUCUAAAUGUUAAAGAAAAUUUUUUUUAAUGUAUGGUAAUAUUUUAACUUGUGUUGUAAUUUUGUGCUAUGAAUUGUGAACUGAUUUAUUAAACUGGUAUACAGUACUAUGAAUAAUAAAAGGAAAUUGUUUGAUAUGUUAUCCACGCCUUUUUAAUAUAGUGUUUAUACAAUAACAUUGUGUUCUUUACCAAAUAUCUUAAUGGAAAGAUUGAAAUUCCUGUACAGUACAUGAAUAAAUAUACUGAAUAGGAAAUCUACUAAGUAAAAGCACACACUGUUUUAAUUGUGCUGUCAUGUAUUAUGGUAGUCCUUGCUACAUACUCCUGCUAUAAUUGUUUUAACAUUCAAUAUACAAAAUUUAUGAUAUAUUGAACACCAUUCACUUUAUGUAGAAAUAUUUUGCUGAUGUGCAUUUUUUCCAGUCAUGCAAAUUUUCAAAAAUUGUACUUGGGCUAUUAUACUUUGGACUGCACCACUUAAUUGCAACCUGAGUUACUCCAAAGAAUAGGGUUCACUGCACUGGUGCCUUUGCAAACCCAGGGUAUCCGGUCAGGGGCCUGUUCUUCAUUUACAAGCGGGAAGAAUUGGUGUUUGUAUUUAGCUCAAUUGGUGUAAGACAGAGGUUUUUAACUUUUUCCACCCUAUUUCUUCAUUUUCCAUCUUCCACUAAGGACAUUGUUCCCCACCAAUUCAAAUAAAAGAAACAGAAAAUUA